AUGGUAUGGAAUGAGUCUCAAUGGAUCGAAUUUAAAGAAAAAUAUCCAUGGAUUGUUAGUGCAGAUGGAAAAUUAGGAUGUAAUAUUUGUUCGUCUAUAACAUGCUUGGGGGCGUCAAAGAAAGAUAGAUUACGUAUUUCUAAUGAGUGGAGUAAUGGUUUAAUUGAGGCUUCUGGGAAAGAUCGUACCAGCCAACUAUCAAAUCUUCGUAUAAAAAUUAAAAAACACUAUGAAUCUGAAAGGCACCAACUUGCUGACAAAAUAAAUAAAGAAAGAAAAGAAAAAUCCAUCCAAGUGUCUAUGCAAAAAAGUAUAGUCGAUCACGAACAGACAACAAUUAAGGUAUUUAGAACAGCAUAUUAUAUUGCAAUGAAAAAUAGACCGUUUUCUGAUCACGAUGAUUUAAUUAAACUACAAGAAAUAAAUGGUGUAAAUCUAGGUGGAAAUAAUCCCGAAUAUGUAUUCUUGGAUUUAUGUGAAUUACAAUCACAAGAUGCUGAACAAAUAGAAAAACAACUUUUAAACACAUUAAAAUCAAAUGGUGUAGUAACUCGAUUACGUGAGAAAUAUCCAAAACUAUUUACUUGGCAUUGCUUUAAUCAUAGGCUUGAACUAUCAGUAUCCGAUACAAUAAAAGACGUACGAGGAAUUGACCAUUUUAAAUGCUUUAUAGAUAAAUUAUAUAGUUUGUACAAUCAAUCGCCAAAACAUUCUCGUGCUCUGGAAAGUUGUUGCCAAGAUCUAAAACUGCAGUUUAAUAAAAUAGGUCGUGUACUUAGUACUCGAUGGGUAUCCAGUAGUUUAAGGACAGUAAGAGCAGUUUGGAAGUCAUUUGCUGCCCUUCAUUCUCAUUUCAAAAAUUCUUGUGAUGACCAAAGUAAUGAUAAAAAUACAAUUGCAGUAUUUAUUGGUUUGAAAAAAAGACUUGAAAGUCCAGAAUUUAUUUUAGGUCUAGGUAUUAUGUAUGAUGUACUUCAAGAACUUUCAAUGUUAUCGAAUGAAUUACAGUCUCGAACAAUUACGCUACCAAAAGCUGAACAGUCAAUAAAAAGAACAAUUAGAAUAAUUGAAAGUUUUAAACAAGAACCAGGAGAAUAUACACAAAUAGCAUUAAAUGCUAAAUCAAAACUAUUAUUUAAUGAGAUUGAACUUGUUCCGAAUAAAAAAAUUGUUGCUAUAAAUCAAAAUCAAUUUAUUCAAAGUAUAGUUGAUAGAAUGACGACUCGAUUAUGUUCGAGGUCAGAGGAUGAGAACUAUCAAUUACUUAGUGAUAUUUCAGCACUAGAUCUAAAUAACAUAAAAAUUGGAAGUAGUGGAAGUAUUAGAUAUGGAGAAUUAGAAUUACGAAGAAUUUGUAGGCGUUUUGAUGUUGAUGAAGUACAAGCUGUUCAAGGAUUAAGAGCCUUUAUAGAAAAUAAUGAACUGAUACCAGAUAAUUUUAAACCCAUUUUAAAUACAAUCGCAUCAUUACCAUGUUCGACAGCUGAGUGCGAAAGAGGUUUUAGCCUUAUGAAUAAUAUUAUUACAAAUUUGAGGGCAUCACUUUUAAUUUCAAACGUAUCAAGUUUAAUGUUUAUUAAAAGUAACGGACCUCCUAUUGAAGUGUUCAACCCAGAAAUGUACGUAAGAUCGUGGCUAGAAGACCAUCGCUCAGCUGAUGACAACCAAUCACGAUUGAAAAGAAAUAAUUUAACAAAAUCGGAAUCCAGACAACAUUUAUGGGAUAUUUUUCAAUAA